GCCCGAUAAAACCGGGGCGCACCUUCUGGAGACCAGUAGAAGGAGAGACGCCGGACUGCCGUUCAGCACAUCGCCGUCGCAUCCUAGAAGGACUUAGUUGCGUUGUCUCGCUACCGCACGAAGUAUCCCUAUAGUUGUGCAGGAAAGAAGAUCACCAUGGUCCCCAUUGCCAUAUUGCUAGGGCUAGUCGUUACCUCAGCCAUCGCGGUUCCAGCAUCGGCCGCUAGCUUUGGCACAGGCUACGCCAUCUCGCCGGUAGCGGCGCCUUUUUCGGGUGGAGCCCCUCCAGGCGGCGCUGCGGGGCCAGCGUUCGGACCUCCCGGAGGCUUUGCAUUUGGGCCUCCUGGUGGCUCAGGGUUUCCUGGAUUCCCGGGUGCCGGUGGCGCUGCUCCUGGUAUGACCAUGCCCUCCGAGCCUAGUUGCCCUCCGACCAACGGCAUGGUUCCUCUGUACGUGCCUGAUCCCGACGACUGCACAAAGUACACGGUGUGCAGCGGCGGCUUCGGCAUGCAGCUCGACUGCCCACCAGGACUGCACUUCAACCGCGACACCAACCACUGCGACUAUCCGCCGCUUGCAGGCUGUGAAGAAAUCCCACCUGAAGACCCAACAACGCUGACGGGACCUCCAGGGAUCAAGAAAGAUGCCUAUUUCGACAUGAGCCUCUUGAGCGGACCUGGCUUCCCGAUGAUCUUCGGACAGCCUAACCCUGGAAUCGGUCAACUGAAGAAUCCCCCGGGCAAGCCCAAGGCUCCCGAUGCCUGUCCCGUUACAAAAGCUACGCAGACGACGACAGCAAUGGGCUACCCAACAUUCAUGUUCGCCGUAUUCGUCUGGACACUCGCCGUGUCCGUGACGUCAGCUGCAUUUUUCGCUAGUCCCGGAGGACCGCCUGCCAACCCGCCGCCACCUGGUGUUGGGGGUAGUCCCGGUGCAUUCGGUGGAAUCGGCGGUGCACCACCGGCGGCGUCCGGUGCGGGCGGUGCUGCACCGGCCGGCGGUCUACCUUCCGAUCCCAGCUGCCCACCAACGGACGGCAUGGUGCCUCUCUACGUGCCGGACCCGGACGACUGCACCAAGUACACCGUCUGCAGCGGGGGCUUCGGCAUGAAGAUGGACUGCGCACCUGGUCUGCAUUUCAACAAGGUCUCGAACCACUGCGACUUCCCGCCUCUCGCUGGUUGUGAAGUUAGCGCUUGAUCGGACU